CAUAAACGCGAAUUUUAUUUCAAUAAUUUAAAAAAAAUAAAUAAGUUUUUUUGUUCAUACCGCAAAUGCCGAAUGCUGAAUGUAUAGUUUUAAACUAAAUUAUUUAUAAAUAAAAAAAAAUAAAAGUUAUAACAAAAAAAUGACAACAACUGAACUUAAAGAUCCUGGAGCAACGCAAAACGAUGAAAGCCAGAAUGCAAGUUCAACUAAAAAGCGUUCAACUCGGAAUGAAGUAGGAUUGCAGCAACAGCAACAGGAUGGUGAAACGUUUUAUAAGAGCCUAAUAUCAUUUAAUGAACGCAGAAACACUCCGAUUGUUCGAAUGCCCAAAAUUAGUGGUGAGGAUGUAGAUUUACACAAAUUGUAUACUGAAGUUAUAAGUCGGGGUGGUUGGUUAAAAGUCAAUAUUAGAAAUGAAUGGGAAGAUGUCGCAAGUGAGCUUGGACUUUCUUCAAAAUGUGUGAAUGGUGUUGUCGCAUUGAAACAAAUAUAUUGUAGAUAUUUAGAUAAGUAUGAAAAAGUUUACUUCCUGGGAGAAGAUCCGGAUCGACCUGACGAGCCAGACGACGACGAUCGACAAAGUAGGCAUAAAAAAUGGUCUGAAAAAUCUACUCCCAUGGUACCAAUGUCUUAUAACUAUCUUCAGCACAACGUAUCAGAACAAAUUAGAAUAUCGAACAAAAUGUCUACAGAUUUAUAUAAACAUUCGGAAUACGAAAAGCUAUUGCUUUCUUUAAUGUCCCCUCUCCCAAACGAGCAGGAUUUCGCAAUAAAUGUAUGUACGUUAAUGGCAAAUGAAAGCAAACAUACUUUAAAAAUAGAAAAUUGCCCUAAAUUAUUAGAUGCCCUUGUUGCACAUGCAGGUGUAUUUCGUCAUGUAACAAUGAGACAUAUUUUCGAAGAGUUUUAUACGAAUACUAGAAAGCAUUCACUUCAAGCAUUUUGGAAUGACCUGCUUCAUAAGGUUCCUCUGAUUCUGGAAUUAUCCUAUGAAGACUCAUUGCAUACAAAUAGUCAAAAUGUAAUUGAUAGCAAGAAGGUAGAAAUUAACUCCAAAGAAUUUUUUGAAGAUGGAUUAAAUGCCGAUUUCGAUACUGAAUCUGAAAUGGAUCAAAUUAAUCUUGAUAAACUAGAGUUCUUAUCUUUAGGUCGGGGACUCGGGACUCGUGAAUAUAUUGGUCAAAGGGUUCAACAAAUUUCAUCCAUUAUGAGAAAUUUGAGCUUUUUUGAAGAAAACAUACCUGUUAUGGCCAAAAAUCGUACAUUUGUGCGAUUUUUGGUGAUGUGCUCAAAUAUUCGUUGGGGUAAUUUACAUCAUUUGGCUUUAGAUAUCUGUGGAAAUAUUGCUCUGGAAUUGGAAUUGUAUGAUCCAAAUACCGACGAUUUGACACGCUGCCUAGUUUCCACUCUUUGUGAAGGAAUCGAAAGUGAAGAUCGUGGAGUAAUUAUUAGUUGUCUGGAAAUUUUGAAUAAAUUAAGUCAAAAAGAUACAAAUGAAGACUAUUUAUUGAAAUGUUUAAAUCAGAAAAUAUAUGGUCAAAUGUGUCUUUUUUUGUCAUUAAAUGACAUAAUGCUGUUGCUAUAUACUUUAGAAUGUAUUUACAGUCUUAGUUCUUUGGGUUCAACACCAUGCAAUGCAUUUGUACAAGUAAAGGGAAUUGUAGACACCUUAGUAUCAUUGAUUACAGUUGAAGCACAAUCGUAUGGACCAGAUGGUUGUAUAUUAAUGAGAGUGGUAGAAACUGUUCCUGGAAAUAUGUUACCAAUGGUGGCUCAAAAUAUUGCAAAUUUACAAAAUGUUGCCCUAGCUCAACUUAAACAACCGCAACAACAGCAAAUUCACUUAAGUCAACCUGAAAAUAUUCAAAAAGUGUCGAAUAACUCUCAAGGACAACCAAUUCAAAAUACAACAACUUCCCAACAACAGCAACAUCAGCAAAAACAACAGUUGCAACAGCAGCAACUUAUUCAACAACAAAUGCAACAACAACAACAGCAAUUGCAUCAGCAGCAACAACAACAACAAUUACACCAGCAACAGCAACAACAAUUACAGCAACAACAACAAUUACAUCAACAACAACAACAACAAUUACAUCAGCAGCAGCAACAACAAUUGCAUCAACAACAACAACAAUUAAAUCAGCAGCAGCAACAACAAUUGCAUCAACAACAACAACAACAACAAUUACAUCAGCAGCAGCAGCAACAAUUGCAUCAGCAACAACAACAAUUGCAUCAACAGCAACAACAACAACUAAAUCAGCAGCAACAACAACCACCACAGCAAUCACAACAGACGCAACAACAGCAACAGUUACAACAGCAAACACAGACUCAACAACAGCAGUUACCGCAACAGCAGCAACAACCAUCAAAUACUUGUAAUAUAAAACAGAACCUACAAUCGCAGCAGUCUAUCGCACAGGAAAAUGAACAAUUUGCAACGUCUUGGCUUAAUGCAACAUUAGAAAUUGCUCCAUCUAUAGCAAAUCGGAUUGAACAACAAGAACUUUAUAAGUUAUACGUUGUAGCAGCUUCCAAAAAUGAAAAACGCGGCACUGUUCCACAAACUCAUUUUCCUAGAAUUGUUCGUUCAAUUUUUGGUACACAUAUUGGUCCAACUAUAUUAAAAACUAGUGAUUCAAAAGGAGUGGAAACAAAUAUGUUAUAUUACGUUAAUUUGAAAUUUCGUACUAACCCUUUACCUAUAAAAAAUUUAUCACAAGCUUCGCAAUCUAACCAUAAUCAACAGCAAUCCAUUCAACAAAAUACUCAGUUAUCACAGGUUAAUCAAUCACCACAAGUAAGCCAACAGUCUUCAUCCAAUCAAAACGCUCAAAGUAGUUCUAAUAACGUUAGUAAUACGUCGUUAAAUAAUUCUGCUACAAAACAAUUGAAUGCGCAAUCAUCUAAUAGUUCGGUAAAUAACUCUAAUACAGAGGUGGGUUUUAAACCAAAUUUAUCUACAAAAUUGUCAACAAUUACUUCAUCACCAUCUUCUAAUGUAAUAAUACAUUCACAUACAGACAGUAGUAAAUUCAAUAAUAUAAGUAAUAAAUCGCAAAAAAUAAAUGAACACAUUCAAAAUAGUAACGCUCUUAUUGAUAAAAACAGUAGUUAUCAAAGUAAAACACUUCUGCAAACGCAACCUACAGUAAUAAUUAAAAAAGAUUGUGCUAAAUUCGAACAAUCGAAAAAUCAAAAUUCGCAACAUCUCUCAAAUGUCUCAAUGUUACAAAAAAGAAACACAGUAGAUUUAUUGGAAAAGGAUAUUUUUGAUUCGAAUUCUAAAAUUAAUAUCACUUCACAUCUAACUCCAAAUGACUCCAUUAAAGUAGUAAAACAAAAUGUAAUUGUAUCCAAUAAGAUAUCAAUAACUAGUAAAGGAUCACCAACAUCUCUCCCAAAGCAACAACUAAUUGUUAACAAAAACAUAAAACAAAAUCAGAACUCUGGUAAUCAACCAAAAGUUGUAAUUCAGAACAUUUUGCCACAAAAAGAAGAACAAAAACAAGUACAGGCAUCUUUUCUACCACCCCAUCAACAAACUCCGGUACACGUUCAAAUGCAAUCGCAGCAGCAUAUCAAGCAUCAAAAUCAAUUUUCUUCUCAAACUAAUAUUCAACAAUCGCAAACUAAUCCUGUAGUUAACACUGUACAAAAAAUUCAUCAAAAUCAAAUGUUAAAAUCUCAAACGUUACAUCAACAACAACAAUCAAAAUUGCAACCCGAUAUGAUGCAUCAUCAACAAUCACAACAAAAAAUUAUUGGAAAUGUUAUUAUAACACAGCAUUCUGGGCAUGUGACAACUAAAACAACGACUAUUGGCCAAACACAAAUGACUACAACAACUCACAUACCAAGUACUGCGGGAGGAUCUACUGCAAUAAUCAAAACUCUUCUAGCAAACAAGGUAACGACAACUCCUAAUAGUAACAAUAAUAAUAGUUUUACAAAUUCUAAAAUUACUACCGCUGCAACUUCUCAAAUUGUGGGUAGCAACGGUAGCAUGCCAACUACAUGUGCUGUUGUUAAAGAAACGAUUAUGAAUUCAGUCAAUACAAAUAACUCCAAUUAUGUGAUCACGCAAAAUCUUAAUUUGCAUCAGCUGGCACAAAGGCAAAAUUUGGCAAAGCAAAAAGAGGUGACUAAUCAUCUUCACGCAGCGUCAGCAAAUAAUAGUACCCAAAAACUAUCCACAACAACAAUUAGCGCUUUGGUUAAUAACCCGAUGAUUCAGUCAACUCCAGUUAAAGUUGGACAAACAACUAUCAAACCAAUUAAUCCACAUUCCAUUGAAAAAAAAGUUAUUCAGGUGCCUAUUGAAAAUAUGGAUACAUCAAGUUGGGAUCCUGUACCCCCACUAGCUCCAAUUGGUGCAGCUACAGUACGAUCAAUAAUUGUACCAACGUCAUCUUUAUCUACGGCCAGCGAAGACUCUUGUAAUUCAGUUGCAUCAAGUGCAAUGAGUACAAGCCAUGUAAUGCUAAAUGACGACGGCGAAAGUUCUUUAAUUAGUUUUGACGGUUUGCUAAUACCAAAAUCGAAAUCCAAUGCAUCAUCAAUAAUGGAAGAUGAUAGUUCAAAAGACUCGACCCUCAAGGGAUCGCAAUUUAUUAAUGCAAACAAAAUGCUUGUUAAUCUUUUAGAUAAAAAGUCACCAGAUCCUCCAACUUUAACCGUUGGAAUAAAAAGAAAAAUUACAGAUGAUAAUAAAAGUCGAAAAAAACCAGUAAUGAUUACUCAAAUUGAAGAUACUGAGCAAAACAUAGUACCAUCCAAAAAUGCUGCAAAUUUGUACGCGGAGAUGGCGGCAUCAAUUUUAGAAGACGAAGAUUUAGAAGAUGUCAUUCCAACAGCUAAAGUCAGCAUUUCAAAUUCAAAUAAUUCAACUACAUCAUCCGUUGCAGUAGUUGCUCAGAAACAACAUACUUCACAACAACAGCAACAAACUGUCCAAACUGUAAUACAAAAGCCUGCUGAGCCACAAAAACAAAUUAUUACAAUGCCCUUACAACGUCAAAUAAUCGUUUCUCCUAAUGUUUCACAUCAACAAGUUAUAUUGUCACAGAGCCCAAUUACAGUUCAGGCUUCACAGUCAUCGCAAACAAUUACAACGUCUGGAUUGCAACAAGCCGGUCUAAAAUCUGAUUCAAAUCUUCAAACUGUUCCCUUAAUUUUACAAAAACAAAUAGGACCAGGAGGACAGCAAAUUAUUCAACAAGUAUUACAGCAACAGCCUCAGACACAAACUCAGUAUGUGCUAGCAACAAAUCCCCAAGGCCAAACAUAUUUAGUAGCACAACAAGCACCACAACCACAAUCUGCAGUUUUAUUAACGCAAUCAACAACUCAAAAUCAACAAUCUGGUCCUACAAAAACAAUCAUUAUAUUACAACAACAAGGCGCCCCCCCUCAAGCUGUCGCACAACAACAAAUUAUUGCUGGUGGACCUGGUCAACCUCAAAAAAUGAUAAUGACAACCCCACAAGGUCAACAAAUGAUUGUAACGCAAGUGCCGCGACCUCCAGUGCAACAAAUUAUAGUGAACCAAGGCGGAAACGUUUUGCCUCAAAAUGUAGUGCUUACCCAAACAGUUUUGCCGCAAACUUCUCAACCACAAACAACAAUACAACAAAUUCAGCAAGCUGCUCAACAAUCUCAACUCUCUCCGCAAUUACACAUCCAGCAAACUAUUCUAAACCCUCAAAAUCAAUCACAAACCGUUGUUCCACAAAUAACCGCCAACGGAGCAACUCUACAAAUUCAACAGCAAACGUCACAUCAACAGCAGUCAUCUAUACUGUCACAGUUACCUCAAAUUCCAGCGACUAUAAAAUUGCAUACUCCUGUCGCUACUGCCACGACGAAUCAAAAAUCGAUUUCACAACAGCAAAAUAUAGCAGCAAAAAUCGUUAAUAAACCUGGGACGCCGACAGUUUCGAUUGUUGCACAAAAUCCGGUUACAUCUCAACCAAAUUCAGUUCAACAGCAAAUAAUUCAACAAAUUGCUAAACCAAGUGCAAAACCAUUAAAUUCUUCAUUAAGUAAAGUAACAAUGCAGCAGCAAAUUCAAUCUCCUUCCCCCCAAACAAAUACAACCAAAUCUCACCCUAAUAUUCAGCAACAACAAAAUCAAGCAAGUCAAAUAACACAAAAAUCGCAAACUAACGCAGCACCAUUACAAACAUUUCAGCCACAGAAAGUACAACAGCAACAACAACAUAACCCAAAUCCUUCAACUCCUAAUCAAACAAAUUCUUCCCAAUGCCAAACUCCUGUACAUCAACAGCAAAAGUGCUUAGUAAAACCACAAAAAACUCAACAAACCUCACUUCCACCAGCAGCAAGUCAACAUCAAAAUAUAGUUCAACAAAUUUUAGCUCAAAAUCCUUCCCAAACUCAAAUAAUUCAACAGUCACCUCCUAUCCAGAGCACAAAUUCUCAAGCUAUAACAAAUCAAAGUAAACUGAAUCAACCUGCACCGUCAGCUAAUUCAAAUCAGCAAAAUAGCAAUUCCACAAACUCAAUUCAACCAGUAAACAAUAAUAACCAUUCAAUAACUAAUGUAAACCAACAAUUAAGUUCUGUUAAUUCAGGUCAGCAAUCUAAUAUCGCUUCUUUAAAUCAACAAACUGGGCAAACGCAACAAUGCCCAUCAAGUACUUCACAAAAUAGUGGUGCUAAUAACUCAAGUUCUACAGCGCCAACAGCAAAUAGCUCGAACACGUCGAAUAAUUCAAAUGAACAAAACUCUGCACAACAAAAUCCAUCUGCGCCGCCUCCACCGCCGCCUGUACAGAAAAACAAAACUGAUGAAGAUAUUGCAGAUAUUAAUUACAUAUAUGUUUGUGAUUGGAGAAAUUGUCCUCGAAAAAAAUAUAAAUCUGUACAGGAAAUUUAUAAGCAUGCAUGUCAAGUACAUUGCCCAGAAGGAUUGGAUAUAGGCGCAGAAAUAUAUUGCCAAUGGGGUCCUGGACCAGGUUUCUGUGAUAAUAUUCCAAGAAAAAGAUUCUCCUUAAUGACACAUUUACUUGAUCGUCAUUGCACUAUGGAGAGCAUGAAGGCAGCAGUUCAACGUCGUUUAUUAAUGGGAAUUCCUCAACCCACGCACGCUAACCCGGUUACAAUUAUAAAAAGUAACGAAGCUCGUGGUUCCACAGCUUCGCCCGCCUUAUCGACGUCGUCAUCGGGCUCAACUCCUUCUGGGGCUGUUAUAUCAGCCGCAAUGCAUGCAAUCAAAAGACAUUCAAAUGAUUUUAUAAAUCCAAAAGAACUAAUGGAUGAAAAUGAAGGACCUGUUACAAAAAGUAUUCGAUUGACAGCAUCUUUAAUUUUGAGAAAUUUGGUAACAUAUACCGACAAAGCUAAACGACACAUACGUCAAUACGAACCUCAUUUGGCGGGGGUAGCCUUAAGUAACGUUGAAUCAAGUCGAACCAUUUCUCAAAUCUUGUAUGAGUUAAACAAUUAACUAUGAUUUAUUUUGAAUUUUUUUUCUCGAACAACUGGCUCGUUAUUUAUAUUUAAGCAUUUUUUUUCGACCUUUUCAAUUAAUUAUUUCAGAUAUUAGAUUCUAAGAAGGAAGUGAUUACAACUGAUGAAUAGAUUAGAAAA